CUGGUCUUUGAAUGCCCCUCUCUGCCAGGGGAUUGCAGCAGCCUCAGAGUGCAAAUCCCCUUUUUCCUGCUGCUUUCCAGGCUCCGGCCGCUGGACAUCGAGUUCAUGAAGCGCCUGAGCAAAGUGGUCAACAUCGUCCCGGUGAUCGCCAAAGCCGACACGCUAACGCUGGAGGAGAGGGACUACUUCAAACAGAGGAUAAUGGCUGAUCUUCUGGCCAACGGCAUCGACGUGUACCCCCAGAAGGAGUUUGAUGAGGACUCUGAGGAUCGGCUGGUCAACGAGAAGUUCCGGGAAAUGAUCCCGUUUGCGGUGGUGGGCAGUGACCAGGAGUACCAGGUGAAUGGAAGGAGAAUCCUCGGCAGGAAGACCAAGUGGGGCACCAUUGAAGUGGAGAACACAACACACUGUGAGUUCGCCUACCUGCGGGACCUCCUCAUCAGGACACACAUGCAGAACAUCAAGGAUAUCACCAGCAACAUCCACUUUGAAGCCUACAGGGUGAAGAGGCUGAACGAGGGCCAGAGCUCUCUGUCCAACGGCGUGGCUGACAAGGAGCUGGUGGCCAACGAGAUGUGACCGUCCCGCGCCGCUGCCCGGACCGUGCUCGCUCACGCUCGCUAUUUCUCCCCUCUCCCCCCUCUAUUUUUAUAUAAAAUCCUCUGCCACUGUCCCUCUUKCCCCGGUUCCCACCCCUGCCGUGUUAACUGACCAAAUAACCAGCCGUGGAGCGGGGUGGCCGCUCUCCCCCCGCUUUGUGCCGUGAGUUUUGUCCCCCCUGGGCUGGGGACCGUCCCUYCGCGGGGGUCGGGCUCUGGCUCGCCCCUGGCUCUGGCCCCCCAGCCGAGCCCAGGGGAGCAGAUCUGGGGGGCUGGCGGGGUUGGGGUGCCCCAGGAGCCCUCCCAGCCCCUCGGUGCAGGGGCUCCUGUCCGUCCAGUGAAGGCGAGGGCUGCUCCGGGGGGAUGGAGCCUCGGGAAGCGCAGUGCGGUGGGAUGAAGAGAGCGAGCCAGCGCCAUCCUUGUGUUCUGCUGCCUCCUCCGAGCCCUCUGCAGCCCUCUGCAGCCCUCUGGGACCCGCCAGCCCCCAGCCCAGCCCCUGCACCCUGCCUACAUGCAAUGAACUGGGAGUGUUGAGGUGUCCCCUCGCCCGUCACUGGUCCCUGGAUGGGCAGAGCGACCUGCUUUGGGAGAAGUGCCUUUUCAGACUGUGGAACAGAGGGAGGGAGGGCCUGCCUUGUCUGUCUUUGCAGCCUGCACAAGGCUCUGAGCCUCUGUGGAGACUCUGGCUCCCUCUCCCUCGGGCCAGAGCUGUGGCUGAUGUCCUGGCAACACUUGUGUAUUUAUUUUUCGUUCAGUUGGGUGGGGUUUGUCUGCCGAAGGUGUUUGUCCGGAGGGGGCUGAGUGUGAAAUGUCUCUCUGCAAAG